AUGGCGGACGAGGUCACCACAGAGAAGGCGGCUAGCCCCGACCAUAUCGAGAAGGGCAAGCUCGAAUAUGUUCAGUUCGACAAGGCAGAUCGCCACGACAAAGUCCUCAAUGCCGAGGCCCGGCAGGCGACUGCUAACGAGCACGACUUGACUUUCAUGCAGGCAAUCAAGACCUACAAGCGGGCUGCCCUCUGGUCUAUGUUAAUUUCACUGACGGUGGUUAUGGAGGGUUACGACACGACACUGCUCGGUUCAUUCUUCGGGUACCCUGCUUUCAGGAGGAAGUAUGGGACAUACAUCAACGAAAAGGACGGAUGGCAGAUAGAUUCCUCAUGGCUUUCCGGAUUCAAUGGUAUCAGCGCUGUCGGUAAUCUCAUAGGAGCCUUGUUGAAUGGAUGGCUUGCACCCAAGUAUGGUCAUCGAGUAGUUCUCAUGGCAAAUCUCGCAUUGCUUAGUGCAUUCAUAUUCAUCACUUUUUUUGCCCCAACGAUUGAGGUUCAGUUCGUCGGCCAAUUCCUGUGCAAUAUUCCUUGGGGUGUUUUUGCGACCACUGGCCCGUCUUACGCCGCCGAGGUAGCCCCUAUGGCCCUGAGAGGCUACCUUACGGCGUAUAUCAACCUAUGUUGGUGUAUUGGGCAAUUUAUCUCCGCAGGCGUUCUAAAGGGUCUUGUCAACGAUCCAACUGACUGGUCCUAUCGAAUCCCUUUCGCUGUUCAAUGGGUCUGGCCCAUACCGCUUUUCAUUGUUGCCCUGCUAGCGCCCGAAUCGCCAUGGUUCCUGGUCCGUACUGGACAGCUUGAGAAAGCCCGCCGCUCAUUAGAACGACUCUCGCAGCCGGAGCACAACGUUGACUAUGACGCCACGAUUGCGUUGAUGGUUCAUACAAAUAAGAUUGAGAAAGACGAACAAGCCGGUGUUUCACUAUUUGAUGCAUUCAAAGGGACCAAUAAAAAGCGAACCGAAAUCGCUUGCAUGGCUUUCCUCUCACAAAUAACGAAUGGUGGUGCUCUAUGCUACACUGGAACCUUCUUUUUCCAGCAAACCGGCAUCAGUGACGACACUUCGUAUGCAAUCGGACUAGCAGGAACAGCCAUUGCAUUCAUGGGAACCGUCAUAUCAUGGCUAUAUCUAGCUCGAUGGGGCCGUCGCACCAUUUGGCUAUACGGCUUCUUCGUGUUGGUCGUCGUGCUGUUUCUCAUCGGCAUCCUGGCCUGUGUCCCCGAGCAAACUAUCCAACUAGCCUGGGCACAGUCCUGCCUAUGUUUAGUAUGGUUGGGUGCCUAUUCCAUGAGUGUCGGCCCAAUUGUAUACACAAUUGUCUCUGAAAUUGGUUCAACUCGUCUCCGUACCCAGACGGUGGUUUUGGGAAGGGGUACCUAUUAUAUUGGGAAUUUAAUUGGCGGAAUACUCCAACCGAAAUUCAUGUCACCGACAGCUUGGAAUGCCAAGGGGAAGACGGCUUUCUUUUGGGGUUCUCUCGCGUUUCUUACAACGGUUUGGGGACUCUUCCGCCUUCCAGAAACCAAGGACAGGACUUUUGCGGAGAUGGAUUUCAUGUUCCAGAAGGGCAUUCCUGCGAGGAAGUUCGCUUCCUAUCACAUCGACCAAGAUGAGGAGUUCCUCACCAACGAGGCUCGCUAA